GCCCUGAGCCUAGGCAUCAUCAUCCACAACCAGAGAAAAAUUGAAUUCUCCUUCUGGACAUGACAUUUAUCCUCGGUGCAAAAAGACCCGGCGGCCAGGACGAGAACGAAAAAUCAGUCCGUCCCGCUGGGAGGUAACAUGGCGACAAUUACAAAAUGUCAUAUAUCAUCUCUUGCAGCACUCGACUGGAUUGCGUAUCCGGUUCAAAACCCACCAGAUAUUCCCAAUCUGAGCGUCUCGCCGGCUCUCCAACAUGACACGAUCAUUUGAAACAUUUUCUUUGAUACCAUCGGACCUUUUGAAGUUCGUCCGUGAACAUUCCUCAUUCUACAAUGGCGCCUUCUCUCACUUGCCUUUGUCCACGAUACUGUCCGACCUGCCAAUCACCGACGUCGAGGCCUACUGGUCUUCAUCCACCGCCAGCGCUGCCAGCGUCUUAACAGCGCCCUUCACCGAUGGCGUCGUCAUGCGAUCAGGUGGGUCAACCGCUGAGCCCAAAAUCGUCUAUAUCACUCGCGACGAGCUGCGGAGAAUCUGCCAGAUCAACGCCGUAGCCAUGUCGACGUCUACUGGUCUCGUGCCGGGCGACCUAAUUGCCAACCUCAGCCACAUGGGCGGCAUGUAUGGCGGAUUCAUGUUCAACAACACCACAUUCAUGGAAUUGCCAGUCGACAACGUGCACCUCCCGAUUAGCGGGCAGCAGCCUCUUGACGUGAUUGCAGACACAGUCGACAAGUUCAAAGCGACUGUCAUUCUCAGCAAUGUCUACACACCCACACGACUCGCAGAAUGGUUGAAGAGCCAAAGACGCAAUCUGCAAAGCGUUCGUCUCGUCCUCUAUUCCGGCGAGACCUUUUUCAAAGACGUGCGUCCUCUGUGGAAUGAAGCUUUCCCCAACGCUAUCAUUGCACCAUACCUGUAUGGAUCCGUGGAAUGCGGUCCCAUCGGACUGCCAGCUCACCCACCACGGCCGACCGGCGACGACGAUAUCAAUCCACUGUACAAGGUCGUGCAGCCGGCAGUUCACAUGGAAAUCGUCGACAGUGAGGGACGGCCUAUAAUAGACGCCGAAGUCAAAGGCAACGUGAUUAUCACCCACCUGAUCAAGCGGCUGCAGCCAAUGAUCCGAUACCCCGUUGGAGAUAUUGCAGCCUGGGAAGACUACGAGCAAAAGACAUUCAGGCUGUACGGGCGCGACUCGGUAGCACUCAAGAUCAAUACCACCCUACUCGACCUGCCGCUGCUGAAGUCGUUGAUCGGCAAGCACAUCUCGCAGGAUGCAGCGGCCAAGUUCCAGAGUGUUGUUCGGCGUGUUAAAGGGAAGAAUGUGUUGGUUUUUCGAGUGGCGAUUCCUCCGCCCAACAAUGCAGCUUUGAUCAGAGACGCUCUGGAAGAAAAUAUAGCUCUGGUCUCACAGAGUUGGGUGUGGAAUAGGACUCAGGGACUGAUUGCACCGCUAGAGGUUGAAUAUGUAGAGAUGAGCAAACUUGUUUUAAACCACGGGAGCGGAAAGCUUAAACAUUUUGUAGAGGAGCGGUUUUGACUAAAGAGCAAUCCCCAGGAACUCAAACGUCAUAAGGUAGUCUUUAAGUCUACUGGUCUAGUCCAGGGUUAGCCUUGCCUCCUUUUUUCAUUAACUUGGCUUUAAGUUUAGUCAUAUGUUACUUGUAUUGUUUUCUCUCUACUACAUAUCAUGUUUAUUCUCUAGGUAGGCGAUGCUUUCUACUACUUCCAGAGCAUAGCAUUACAUCGUGCUUGUUUUGUUCGGGCACAAUUUAUAACCAUACAAGUCGGUCUAAGAAAGAUUGUUGUAAUCAUUAAAUUACUAGUCUAUAUUAGCAUCUAUUGUUCACAUAUAGUAUGCUAUAUAACCCCGUUGUC